AUGUUUGGACAUGUGAAGAAAGAAAACCUUGACAAGACAUUUUCAUUCAUCUACACAAAAGCAAGUACACAACUGUUUGACUUGAACCAAGCUCUUCAACUGAUACAUAUGGAGUCAUGGUUUAAUGCGACAACUCCACCAUAUAUUAAAAAGCAAGGCCCAUUUUGCAGUCUUGGGCACUACAAAUACAUAGGUCCUUCUGGUUUGGCAGAAUUAGUGGGGCAUCUUACUGCAGUGUUCAAGAGAGCGUCCCGAGGAGCGGCGAGUCCUUGCACGGGCGGCCUGUCAGCCGCGUGGGAACGGCGUCCGGUUGAUCCCCAGGGUGUCCCCGACCUCCCGCUGCUCCUCAACGCCGAGGACAAGAGUCUCCGGGGGCGACCAAGCAUCUUCCGUGCCCGUCCUGCGGGGGCUGCGGAUGCGGUGCAGCCUGAGGGGGCCACUGAGGCUGGAAAGUUGCUUCCCACUGGCGAUACUGCUGCGAGUUGCCUCACUGAGGUUUUACCCCGGCCCAUUACUCCAACUACUGUGCGAAAGUUUCGAAAUACAACAAACCCAGCUCCUGGUGUUGAAAGAAUAUUCUAUGGCAGAGCAGAUGAUCCUGACAUUGCAGCUCACUUGACACACGGCAUAGAGUCACGGUCUUCACUCAGUGUAGCUUCGUUGGUAAAUCCACUUCCUAAAACUGAUUUUCAACAAAAAAUACAACACAAAAAAGAAGCGAUCUACUUAAGUAAUCGUCAGGCACCCUUGGGCAGAUCACACGAUUAUUCUUCUAUGUUACCUGAGGGCUUGGAUAUAAUUAAUACUACAUUUGGAACAAAAAUAAUUCAAGAUAUAUCAGCUGGAGAGCUUAUAAAUCCACCAAAAACUUUUGAGGAAGUGGAUAAAGAAUCCAGAGAAGGACAUGAUCUGUACAUUGUGUCACACAGUGAUUAUUAUGUGGGUGAAGCAAUAAAUAGGAAGUACGACUCGCCAAACUUCAGCAAGUCUUUUGUUUAUGGAAAAGAAACCCCUCACUUUAAAGAUGGGCGAAGUGUAUCCAAAUCCUUAAAUUGGCUCUGUGAUCUGCAAUUGAAGAGAGCAGCAAAAAUCGUAUCAAAACGAAGCGAUGAUUUCAAGGAAAAAUUUCAACCUCAGCUUGGAAAAGUCCUUGAUCCUAUAGCAGAAACUUUGAAUGUUCCUCCGGGUCAUACAUUUGGAAUGUUACUCCGUCCAGAUGAAUAUGGAGUUGGUGAUCUUCUUCACUGCCGGGUUCCAUGUGAAUUCCUCCAUGGUAAAGACAGAGAGAAAGCUGUUUUGACUGCAGUUCGGCAAAGUUUGAAGAAAGCUAACUAUGAGAAUUUUGACAUGUUACUAGAAGCAUUCAGGCAUUAUGAUAAGAAUGGUGAUGGAAUGAUACACAAGGACAACCUGCGAAAGUCCUGUUUUCAGCUUCAUCUGAAUCUAGAUGACGAGCUCCUGGAUUCCUUGUUUGACUGCUGUGAUUUGGAUAAAGAUGGUCUGAUUAAUUAUGUGGAGUUUGCAAACUUUCUGAACUGGAAAGACAAAAUGGCUGUUAAAGAGUUUGAAGAAAAAAUAAUCACCAAAGGGAAAAAAAUAGAUGCUCCUGUUCUGCCUGAAGAAACAAAGACAAACGAUGAGCCACUGCUGAAGCAGGAAGACCUUGUGUUAAAAGAACCAGGAAGCUCAGAAAAGACACCAAAACCGCUUACAAGAUCAACAGAUCAUAUAUUUGCAAAUUAUCAAACAACUUCUUCUCAGUAUAAUGCUGUUCUAGGUGACCUCCCAACAAUCUGUUAUCCAGUGUGUGGUGUUCCAACUAUUCGUUCAGAUAUUCCUGCUCCUCGAAUUCGCCGCAUCAGUGACAGAACUAAUUAUGGUGAUGAGGCCAAUGCUUAUGCAUUACUGUUCCCUUCUGUCUUCAGUCAAAAGGGAGUGUAUGAAAGUGACUUUUUUAAAACAAGACCAAAGGCAGAGAUUGCACAAAUCCUCCGCAACAUUGGUGUGAACAUUUCAGAUGAAAGGUUUGAAGAGAUAUGGAAGCAAGCCUGUAUGAAAUACCAGAAGGAAGAGGUUUGUGUAGAAAGCAUCAGGAAUGUACUGGAUGAAAUACAUGUAUCGCAAACAAAAAACAGUUGCUAAUUCGAGUCUUUGGGCAUUGCAUUUACAUUUAUUUACAUUGACAUCAGUCAUAAUUCUGAUGCUGAAUACAAUAAACAUUUUUAAUAAGGUGUGUUUACAGAACUGGAAUUCACUGUUUAUUGUCUUUCUGAAUAGUGGGUUCACCACAUAUAUAUGAAUCUUACUGCUAUUAUUGCAGUUAGUAGGAACUGCUAUCCAUGGGAAUAAAAGAGGAUACAGCAUAUUUGUGAAUGAAAUUCGAAUAUUUAUUUUAUAUUCUUUAUUUUAUCUUUUUCAGUGUUUCUAAGUCUAAAUAAUAAGGCUUUGAGCAUGCAUUUUUGAAUUUAUUUUUUUCUCUCAUAAAUGGAAGGACACUUUUGAAAGUACUUAAGAGAAAUGUUUCAGAUAUGCAAGACCUCUUAAAGAUUAUUAUUGUAGAAUGGCAUCUUGCCUCGCUUCUAGCAUUCCAUAAUUUCUUGUCAACAAAAUGGUAGGUAAAUUGGUGUAAGAAAGUGCUUUACAGUAAGAUACCAAGGAAACUACAUAGCCGUGGGUGUGGGAUCUAAACUGGUGUCAUGAAAUAGACUCCAUAACAACCAAUCGAUUAAGAAAUGCAAAAAUAAAUGCCCAGUUGUGUGGCAGAGGUCUCAUAUUUUUUAUGCAAGCUUA